AUGCGCCAAUCCAUCCCGACAUUGCUGGCCCUCGCCGGCGCCGCUCUCGCGACCCCGGAGAAGCAAGACGGCGACCACCUCUACUCCUCUCGUCUCUCCAAGCGCGGCAUCGAUGCCGAAGGCAACUACAACAUCUCCUUCUUCCACGUCAACGAUGUCCACGCCCACCUCGACGAGUACUCCUCCUCCGGCACCGACUGCACUCGCCCUGAGCGCGGAUGCUACGGCGGCUAUGCGCGCAUCAAGCACACGGUCGAUGAGUUGCGCCCCCAGUACAACGACUCCCUCUGGCUCAAUGCCGGUGACGAGUUCCAGGGAACCCUCUUCUACUCCUUCUACAAGGGCGAGAAGAUCGCCGAGACCAUCAAUCAGCUCGGUUUCGAUGCCAUGACCCUUGGUAACCACGAGUUCGACGGCGGUGACGAUGAGCUCGGCGACUUCCUGCAGAACCUCACCUUCCCCAUCGUCUCGGCAAACAUUGUGUCGGACAACGAGAAGCUCAACAAGACCAUCAAGCCCUACCACAUCUUCGACAAGCAGCAGCUUGCUGUCAUUGGUGUCACCACACCCACCACCCCCGGUAUCUCUUCUCCCGGCGCAGGCACAAAGUUCCUGGACGUCGUCAGCUCGGUGCAGUCCACGAUUGACCACAUCAAGUCCACCACCAACAUCACCCGCAUCGCCGCUCUCACCCACAUUGGUUACGAGGAGGACCAGAAGCUUGCCGAACAAACAACCGGCCUUUACCUCAUCAUGGGUGGCCACUCCCACACCCUUCUCGGCUCCAUGGAGGACGCCGAGGGCCCCUACCCGACCAUCAAGAAGAACAAGGACGGCGACGACGUCUUUAUCGUCACCGCCUACCGCUGGGGCGAGUACGUCGGCUACAUCGACGUCACUUACGACAACGAGGGCAAGGUCCUGGCCUACCACGGCGGACCGAUCCACCUUACCAACACCACUGAGCAGGACCCCGAGCUCCAAGCCCAGAUCGAGUCGUGGCGUGGGCCCUUCGAGGCCUUCGCCGCCGAGGUCGUCGGUGUCUCCAACGUCGAGCUCGACCAGACCGCUUGCCAGAAGCAGGAGUGCCUCCUCGGCAACGUCAUGACUGAUGCCAUGUACGAGUACCGCUUCAACAACUCCGACUCCGCCAAGCCCGACUUUGCCCUCAUCAACGCCGGCGGUAUCCGCGCUACCAUUGACCAGGGAGACAUCACCCGCGGCGAGGUCCUGACCUCCUUCCCCUUCGGCAACUCCAUCGUCGAGAUCACCUACAAGGGCUCCGACGUCCGCAAGGUCCUCGAGGGCGCCGUCUCCAAGGUCAACCAGUUCAACAACGAGCCCAUCACCUCUUUCUUCCAGGUGUCCAAGAACAUCGUGAUCGAGUACAACCCCUCGGGCAACAACGGCUCUAAGCUCGUGUCGGUCGAGGUUGCCGGCGAGGCCCUGGAUGACGAGAAGGACUACCGCGUUGUCACGCUCGACUUCCUUGCCGGCGGCGGUGACAACAUCUUCGUUGCGACGACCGACUUUGUUUCUCUUGAUACCCAGGACGAAGUCCUUGUCCAGUACGUCGAGGCCAAGAGCCCCAUUGACGCCAAGAUCGAGGGUCGCAUCGUUCAGAGCAACGGCACUGCUACCUCUCCUUCGGGAACCGCGUCUGGCACUGCUGCCCCGGGUGCUACCCAGACCGGCGAGAGCGAUGCUAGCAUGGUUUCCGUCAGCAUGGGAGCGCUGGCGAUGGGUCUGUUUGCACUGAUGCUGUAG